GCGGACCCAGGAGGGCGGAACCCGGAAGGCACGGCGCUCAGGUCAGGGCCGCGCGGCGUGGUCUAAGGUCCGCGGCCGGGUCCCGCAUGGCGGCGCACAGGAAGCACGUGUUUGUGGAGAAGGUGCUGCAGAGACUUUUUCCUCCUGUUCCAAGUGGCCAAGGAAAGAGGGAACCCCAGACGCUGGCCAUCCAAAAUCCACCAAAGAAAGUGACCUCUGAGAAAGUGAGCCAGAAACACGCUCAGCCUUUGACAGACGCUGGCUCUGAGACCCCUACUGCCCGACGGCUCUACACCGCCAGCGGGCCUCCUGAGGGCUACGUCCCCUGUUGGCUGGAGCCCAGCAGCUGUGGGAGCCCCGAGAACGCCUCCAGUGGGGAUGACACAGAAGCUCUUGCACACGUUGUCUCCCUGGUGCCCUGCCUGGAGCCCCGGUGUGGAGGUGACCACAGUGAUGUCACAGGACCUGUUGGAGAAAAGGUUUUCAGCAUUUCAACAUCACGUAUGACCUUGGCUGUGGGUUCUUAUCAGGAUCCUCAUGACCAGCCAAAGAGAAGAAGAAUUAGGAAGCAUAAAUCAAAGAAAAAAUUUAAAAAUCUCAAUAAUGUUCUUACAGAACAAGCAGAAUUAGAGAAACAGCAGAGUCUGUUACAGGAGAAAUCUCAGCGACAGCAUACAGAUGGCACCACAAUAAGCAAAAAUAAAAAAAGGAAACUGAAAAAGAAACAGCAAAUUAAAAGGAAGAAAGCAGCCGGCUUGGCAGCAAAGGCUGCUGGUGUCAGUUUCAUGUACCAGCCCGAGGACAGCAGCAAUGAAGGGGAAGGCAUGGGAGAGGCUGGUGAGGAGGAUGGUGUGGACGCCGGCGAGGAAGACCCGACACCGGCCGGGGAGGAAGACGUUAAAGACACCAGGGAGGAAGAUGGUGCAGACACCAGCGAGGAAGACCUGACACGGGCUAGGGAGGAAGAGGGUGUGGAUGCCAGUGAGGAAGAUCCGACACCGGCCGGGGAGGAAGACGUUAAAGACGCCAGGGAGGAGGACGGUGUGGACACCAAUGAGGAAGACCUGACACGGGCCGGGGAGGAAGACGUUAAAGACACCAGGGAGGAGGACGGUGUGGACGCCAGCGAGGAAGACCCAACAUGGGCUGGGGAGGAAGAGGGUGCAGACUCCGGGGAGGAGGACGGUGCAGACGCCAGCGAGGAAGAUGAUACAAUUACCAAUGAAAAGGCAGACAGUAUUCUAAAUUUUUUGAAGUCAACACAGGAAAUGUAUUUUUAUGACGGUGUCUCCAGAGAUGCAGCUUCAGCCGCCCUCGCAGAUGCCGCUGAGGAGCUGCUGGACCGUCUUGCGUCACACAGCAUGCCGCCCUCAGAUGUGUCCAUCCUGUACCACAUGAAAACGCUGCUGCUCCUGCAAGAUACUGAGAGAUUGAAGCAUGCUCUGGAAAUGUUCCCAGAACAUUGCACGAUGCCUCCUGACCAUGCCAGAGUAAUCUCAGCUUUCUUUAGUUACUGGAUCACACAUAUCCUUCCUGAGAAGAGCAGUGACUAAAAUGGAAUAUCUCUUUAAGAACAGCUCCUCUUUAACAAAAAAACUUAAAAGACAAAUGUGAGAUGGGCUUAGAGUUAGUUCUCUGGGAACUUGAAAGACAUUUCUGCCAUAUUAUUUAUUCACGUGUUUAUUCCUGGUGGGCAAGAUGCCAUCUGAGGCUUCAGAUGAGAAAUUGGGGUAAAAUGGAAAUUUUUCACUUAUUUGCAAUUAUAUAUGUCUUGAAUUACUACAUAAAACUUGAUUCUGUUUUUCUACUUAUUGUAAAAAUUGAAAAUGGACAUUCUGUUAAGUUAAACUGUAUAGUUUGAAGCUCAUAUAUUUUUAUGAAGUUUUGAAUCACCUUGCAUCUGAAAGUCUGUGUUUUAAGAAUGCUUUCUGGGUAUUAAAAUGUUCUAGUUUAA